AUGGGCUUCGGGCUGGCGCUCGGCUGCCCCGAGGGCCACAGCGCCCUGCUGCAGCUGCAGGAGGCGGAGGUGCGCCUGCUGGAGGGGCUGCGCAAGUGGAUGGGGCAGCGGGCCAAGAGCGACCGGGAGUACGCGGCGCUCCUGCACCAGAUGCACAGCCUGGCCGGCAAGCGGGAGGGCGGCCGGCAGCCCCGCCUCGGAGGCCAGAUCGGCCAGUGCUGGUGGUCCCUGGUGACCCAGACUGAGGCGCUGAGCCAAGCUCUCGAGCGCCACGCGGAAGCCCUGGUGGCUGGACCCCUGGACACGCUGGCCCUGCUCAUCCAAGACAAGCAUCAGCUGCACCGGUGCUACAGUGAACAGUGGCAACAAAUGAACCAGGAUUUCAUCCGGACCACCCAGCAAGAGCCCGAGCGCCUGAGAGCCCAGUACCGCAGCCACAUCCGAGAGUGUGCGCAGGCAAAGCGCAAAUACCAGGAGGCCAGCAAAGACAAGGAACGUGAGAAGGCCAAGGACAGAUACGUCCGCAGCCUCUGGAAGCUCUACUCCCUGCACAACCAGUACGUGCUGGCCCUGCGAGCUGCGGAAGUGCAGCACAGCCUUCACUACGAGCAGAUCCUGCCCGGCCUUCUCCAGUCCCUGCACGGUCUUCUGCAGGAGAUGACCCAGAUCACGAAGGCAACCUUGCAAGAAUACGCCAGCAUCACAAGCCUGGUACAGGAGGAGAUGGUGGCUGUGCACCAGGCCAUGGUCAGGGCCAUCGACCGCAUCCAGCCAGACAUUGACUACGAUGAGUUCCUCCCCCCUUGCAGGUACGGUCUGCUGAGGGAGAUGCCAGGCCUGGUGACCUUUGAUAGGAGUUUGCUAGAGGAGGCUGAGACGGAGGUCCUGCAAGAGGGGCAGCUCCAGCUGAAUGAACUCACCCUGGAAAGCCUGCAACACACGCUGAUCUCCCUGGAGGAGGAGCUGAUCGGCGCCACAGAGAGCGCUGACGGCCAUCGCAAGCGUGUCCAGAUGCUGGAAGCUGAAAUCCAGAACGAUGAGAUGGCAGGGAGCCCAGGGAAACGCAUCCUCCUCCUGGGAAGGCAGAAGUCCCUGCAUGAAGCUUGCCACCUUUUCCAUCUUGCUCUGGGCACUCAAGAAAAACUCAAGGCCCAAAGGGAUUUGCUGCAACAGAAGCUGGAUGAGUUGGGAUCCCUGGACCCUCCACCUGUCCCUGAUCUGCAGGGCGACAGGCAGUCACUCUCUUCCGGGGAGUCUGAGCGAGAUUGGAGCCGGACGCCGCCAGCUUUGGAGGCCCUGAAGAAUCACAUCUCAGGCAUUUUCCGUCCACGUAUCUCUCUGCCACCCUCUCUGCCGCAGCUCCCGGAGGUGCAGAAGCCCCUUGGGCAGCAGGCCUGGUACCAUGGUGCCAUUCCCCGCAUGGAGGUGCAGAAGCUUCUGCAGACCAAUGGUGACUUCUUGGUGCGUGAAAGCCAAGGCAAACAGGAGUACGUCCUCUCGGUGCUGUGGGAAGGGCAACCACGGCACCUUAUCCUGCAGGCUGCUGAUAAUCUGUACCGCUUGGAGAGUGAGGCUUUUCCCACCAUUCCGCUGCUGGUUGACCAUUUCCUCAAGUCCAGGCAGCCCAUCACGAAGAAAAGUGGCAUUGUGCUGGUCAAGCCCGUCCCCAAGGACAAGUGGGUGUUGGACCAUGAAGACGUUGUGCUGGGCCAGCGCAUUGGGCAGGGCAAUUUUGGAGAGGUCUUCAGUGGAUUAUUGCGUGGCAGUAACACUCCAGUGGCAGUGAAAUCCUGCCGUGAAACGCUUCCAAAUGAGCUGAAGACCAGGUUUCUACAGGAGGCUGGGAUCCUGAAGCAGUAUAGCCAUCCUAAUAUUGUCCGGCUCAUUGGAGUCUGUACUCAGAAGCAGCCAAUCUACAUCGUCAUGGAGCUUGUAAAGGGGGGCGACUUCCUGACCUUCCUGCGCAACGAGAGGGCUCGGCUGACAGUCAAGGAGCUCCUGAAGAUGAUGGAGAACGCUGCCGCAGGGAUGGAAUACCUGGCCAGCAAGCGCUGCAUCCACCGAGAUCUGGCGGCACGGAACUGUCUGGUGGCGGAAAAUAACACUCUGAAAAUCAGUGAUUUUGGGAUGUCACGGGAGCAAGUAGAUGGCGUUUACUCCUCCUCGAGUGGAAUGAAACAAAUCCCUGUGAAGUGGACAGCCCCAGAGGCACUCAGUUACGGUACAUAGUUCCGAGGCUCUGGCCCUGCAAAUGCCAUAGUCCAGGCCUGCUGCAGAGCUUUGGCUGGGUGGUUUUCAGCCGCUACCGUGGAUAUUGAGCUUCUUGCAACCACCUUGUCCAAUCCCUGCCAGAAAGAUUGAAGAUUAUGGGCAGCCUCCAUGCUUCCAGCUCAUGCCUGC